AUGCAUACGGAAUCGUGUUAUUUCACGAUUCAUUCGUUUCGUGAUUCAAAGUCCAGUCUGGGCUGAUCUAUCGAGCGGAUUCGUCACUAAAAUUAAGACGUGUCCUACAAACAUGAAUCGACAUAUAUUAUUAUGUGAAUGGGCUCGAAUUGUAUUUUCCUUGGCAAUCCUUGAUCGGGUAUCAACAGAGAGCAAGGAAUAUUAUCGGUAGAGUCUUUAUAUUAAUUUAAGGGAGUAGAAAUAGAACCUCAGAAUAAUAAUAACCUCAAAACAACAAAAAAAAAAUUUAAUAAUAUCAUUUCUUGUCUAUGUCAUUCAAUCACAAAACUUUGAGAUGGUUAUUUAUUUUCUCUUUUUCUUUGAAAUACUUUGAAUUUUGCACUAUAAUUAAUUAAAGGCAGACUGUAAAACAAUAUAAAUCCCAAUAGUUUAUUCAAUUUCAAGAUUGUUUCAAUCAUCAUCAGCAGAUUGGUUGCUGUAAAUGUGUCAACAGCAGUGUUGAGCACACGGCAGGAUGGGCAGCGAGCUGGACAGCCUGAAGGCCACGCUGCGCUCGCUGGUGGUGUCGUGCCCCACGAGCGUGGACGUGCAGGCGCUGCGCCGCGACUACCGCAACAUGAUGGGCGAACACAUCCCCAUCGCCAAGUACGGCUACCGGGACCUCGUGACCUUCCUCAAGGAACGCUGCUCCGAUAGCUUCCUUCUGCAGGGCUCGCCUGCCAACCCGACUGUGACCCUCAUAGUGCCUGAUACACUGAAACACAUUGACAAGUUUGUGAGAAAACAGAAAAUACCCUCCACUGCUAAAUUCAAAGGAAAACGGUACAGUAUACAAGCAGUAGCACCGCCUAAACCUGUUAAGUCAUAUGUGCCAGUGUCAAAGCCUAUUGUGAACUGGCCCUCAGAUAAAAAUAUUGCAAAUAAGGAAAAUGAUUCAAGUAACAAUACUGUUAACCACAAAUCUGAUAAUAAUGUUGUUAACCAAAUGGCAAAAUUGACAAUAGAUAGACUAGAUAGUAACGCAAAUGGCUGUAGAACAGAGGAUGCAGUGGAAAGUGUUCUCCCUGUAGUGCCAGAUAUGAUCAAAAAGACCACCUCUGUGCAGAAGUUUUUGAACAAGAGGUUGCCGCAGCUUGCUUCCACCAUUGAGUCUCACUCCAAUGAUGAGGAAACUUCAAGCACUUCACAACGGCACAGGGAUGAUGACUCUGGUCGGCUCACUGCCUCUAGUGGCAGCUCGGGGCGGCGGCGGCUGCUGGACGAGGUCGGGACGGAGCUGGCGGCGCUGCUGGCGGAGCGCCCCGCCGGCGUGUGGAGCACCGACCUGCUGCGCCUCUAUAGGGAGCGCUUCCACCGCGAGCUGCCGUUCACGCGGCUUGGCUACACGAGCGUGGUGUCCUGCGUGCGCGCGCUCGACGUGGUGCGCGUGGAGAGACCCGAGCUGACGGGUGACUGGCUGAUCGUGCCGUCGUGGAGCCCGCCGCAGCCGCGCCCCCCGCGCCCCCCGCGCGCCCCCGCCGCGCCCGCCUCCGCCGUUGUUGAUGCCGAUGACGCGCUGCCGGGGAUCGACUUUGACACGUCGGUGUUCCCGCCGGACUGCAUCCACUGCAUCGAGUCCCUGCCUCGCCUGCCCCUGGCGGCGGCGGCGGGCGACGCUCUCCCGCUGUGCGUCAGCGAGGUGUACUCCCCGAGCCACUGCUGGGUGCAGCUGCUGGGCCCGGACCACCGCGACGCGCUGGACCACCUCAUGGACCAGAUGACUGAGUACUACAGUCGUGGCGAGGGUCGCGAGCGCUGGCUGGCGCGGGGCGCGGUGCGCGCGGGGCACCACUGCGCCGCCGUGUUCGAGGCGGACUGGCACCGCGCGCUCAUCGUCAAGGUCAUUGAUGACGACUUCGUCAAGUACUACACUGGUGGCGAGGGUCGCGAGCGCUGGCUGGCGCGGGGCGCGGUGCGCGCGGGGCACCACUGCGCCGCCGUGUUCGAGGCGGACUGGCACCGCGCGCUCAUUGUCAAGGUCAUUGAUGAUGACUUCGUCAAGGUGCGCCACGUGGACUACGGCACAGUGGCGCGCGUAGCAAUCACCUCGCUCAAGCCGCUCCUGCGCGAGUACUGCUCACUGCCGGCGCAGGCGUGGCGCGCGCGGCUGGCGGGGCUGCGGCCGGCGGGGGGCGCGGGGGGCGGGGGCUGGCCCGUGGCCGCCGCCGCCGCGCUGCUGCAGCUCGUGCGCGACCGCCGGCUCGUGGGGCAGGUGUACGCCGUGGACCAUGAGGAGCGUAUCCUGGAGCUGUUCCUGGUGGACACGUCCACCGACGAGGAUGUCUGCAUCAACGAGGAGCUGAUCACCGCGGGUCUGGCCGAGCGCCGCGCCGCCGCGCCGCAGACAUCGGAGGCGCACCUGCGGCCGUCGUUCGCGGCGCUGGAGGCGGGCGCGGCGCCCAGCUACGGCGAGCUGCUGGCGUGCCUGCGCCGCGGCAUCGCGCUGGAGUACGUGCCGGGCUACGCGCGCCACGCGCCGCCGCCGCCGCGCCCGCGCCGCGCCCUGGACUACAUCCUGUCGGCCGCGCGCCGCGACCUGCCCGCGGACACUGGCGGCUCCAGCGACCCCGAGCCCGACCCGCCCGCGCCCAGCCCGGCGGCAGUGACUCCAGCGACCAACGGUACGCAGGCGACGCAGCAGGUGACUAACAACGCGCAAUCGAGUAGUACGCAUACGCAUGUGACUAAUUAUGCUCAGUCAAAUGGUGCUCAAGCGACCAGCUACGCGCAGUUGAACGGCACUCAAGGAUCCAGCCACGCGCACUCCAACGGUAUACAGGCUAACUACGCGCAGGCGAAUGGCACACAGGCCACAAGUUAUGUGCAUUCGAGCGGCACGCAGGCGACUAACUAUGCGCAGUCAAAGGGCGGCCAAGCGAUCAGCUACGUGCACUCCAACGGUACGCAGCCGUGUACCUACGCGCAGUCAAACGGAGUGCAGGCGAGCCACUACACGUACUCGCCCGCCCCGCUGGGCGCGCCCCCUGGCUGGGCGCCCCCGCCCUCGCGCGCCGCCCGCCCCGCCGCGCCCGCCUACGUGCGCCCCGCCUACUCGCAGUACUUCCCCGUGUACCCGCUGUGCGCGCCCGCCGCGUGCUACCCGCGCCCCCCGGCCCCCGGCCCCCCGCCCCCCGCGCCCGAGCGCGUGCUGCAGCUCACGACGCUGGAGUGCGAGGUGUUCGUGGCGCUGGCGCGGACCGAGCCCGCCACGGCCGAGCGGCACAUGCUGCGCGCGCUGGCCCGCGCCGCCGCCGCGCCCCCCGCUCCCCCCGGCCCCGCCCCCGGCGCCGCCCUGCGCGCGCUGGACGCGCACGUGUACCGCGCGCUCACCCGCGCCGCCCCGCGCACCGCCGCGCUGCACAUGCUGGCGCUGCUGCAGCCGUCCGCGCCCCCCGCCCCCGCCGCCCCCGCCCCCGGCCCCGCCUCCAUGCUCAAUCCCGAGGCACGCGAGUUCCGCGCGUGCGCGCAGACGCAGACCAGCUUCGACGAGCCGCUGCGCCCGCCGCCCGGCUUCGAGCACCUGUGACCGCCCCCCGCGCCCCGCCCCCCGCCGCCCGCGCCCCGCGUGUGAGCGGGGUGGACGCUGAACGCACAGAGACCAGUCCCCCUACUGUCUCUAGACGUUCAUUAUUUUUGUAUUAAAAUACUUAACUAGUAUUAAUAUUGUAUGGCUGCAGCUAUUUAGAUCUGUUGUAACUGUUAUGAGGAACAAAUGUGAUAGUUUUCUCAAUACCCGGCCCACCUCCGUACAAAUAUGUCUGAUAAGUUCCUUUUGACUUACCUACCUCAAAGUACAAAGUACUGUGUAGAUGUAAGAAUAGCAUUUGGCAUUAUGAUAGAGUUUAUGAAUAUUGUACUUAGUUAUAAGUUUGUUGAAAUGUUGUAUCGACAAUUCGAAACCAGUGUCCAAGACGUAUAGAAUUGUACCCAGAUAUAGGCAUUACUGUCAUAGGAAAACUGUUAUUAGUUUAAGAUUAUUAUUUAGAAAUUAGUUUUGUUAAUUUGACAUAAUUUUUGUAGCAAAUAGGAAUCUCUUUUGUUAACAUUUAUUAUCAUAAUGUGUAAGUUUAAAAGCAUUUACUUUUUUUGACUUCCAUUUAGUAUUUAAGAUUGUUUUUCAUACUGACUUCGAAUUCAAAUCAAACCGUUUCUAAAAGUAGCAAAUUCUGCUGCAUCUCAAUUUUUAUGCUUCUUCAUAAAAUCAUUUUGUAUGUCUACAUAAGUUUUAGUCACUAUUUAAAUAUGUUGCUUCAAAAUUGCUCCAGAAGUUUGAUUUUAAUGAAUAUAAAAAAUAUGUAUGUGUACCACGGAGCCACAUUUACUACAGUAAGCUUGUAUUUUUAUACUUGAUCGCGAGUAUUUUUUCUAUAUUGAACACUUUUACAAAUGAUUAUUUAGUUGUAUCGGUGUUGUUGUUGAGGGAUGAAUGCGUGCCGGUGGCGAGUUGAUUCUGUGAUAGAGUGCGCCUGAGACUGACAGGAAACGAAGGACAUUUGUAAUAAACAAAACAAUUUCA